AUGCUUUGCGACUUUAUCCAACAUUGCUAUGGCACGAUGGGACACCCUCCAGUCACUCGGUCAUCAGUUUGGACUGUGUACAGGAACAUUCUUUCUGCUGUACAGAUUGCAGAAAACCCACAUCCCGACUUACUACCAGUGGGAGAUAAAGAUGAUGCCACUGGUGGAUUGCCAUUGAUUGGUGGCCAUGCUGAUUUACCAUUCGACGAGGAACCAGACAGCAUGUACUACAUGGGUGGGGUGCGUGCAGGAUUGGGCCUUAGUGUUUCACACAUCCAUGACAUAGAUACUCUACUAGCCGAGCUUGGAGAACCUGAUGUUCCAUUGGAUGACAGUCCUAUAGAAAACCAGGUGGGCAUUGAUCAUAUGGCAUUAAUAGUUUGGGAAUUUUCAAAUGAUGAGUCAGAGAAUGAUGGCAUAACGGAUGAAUGGUGA